UCCUCAUCACUCAUCACUUCCCCCUCAACAAAUCUCUGCAAUUCAAACCCAAAAAAACCUCAAAAAAUGGCAACAAUGGCAACAACCCUCUCAUCUCUCUCAGCCAAACCCCAAAAAGCCGCCCUAUUCGAAUCAACCGCCGCCUUCUAUGGCACCCCAGUCGCCACACCGUCAAUCCGCAUGCAACCCGCUAAAUCCAGCUCGCUAUCGGUUUCCAUGUCGGGAUCGUCUUCUACGUCGUCGUACAAUUUGAAUUCUUUCAAGUUUGAUCCGAUCAAGGAAUCGAUUGUUUCAAGGGAGAUGACUCGGAGGUAUAUGACUGAUAUGAUUACUUAUGCGGAUACUGAUGUGGUGGUUGUGGGGGCUGGCUCUGCUGGGUUGACCUGUGCUUAUGAGCUUAGUAAGAACCCUAAUGUUAAAGUGGCUAUUAUUGAGCAGUCUGUUAGCCCUGGUGGCGGUGCUUGGCUCGGUGGUCAGCUUUUCUCUGCUAUGAUUGUGAGGAAACCAGCACAUCACUUCCUUGAUGAGCUCGAAAUCGAGUAUGAUGAAGCCGAUAACUAUGUUGUUAUCAAGCACGCUGCCUUGUUCACCUCAACAAUCAUGAGCAAACUCCUGGCUCGACCUAACGUUAAGCUAUUUAACGCUGUAGCUGCUGAGGAUUUGAUAGUGAAGGAAGGAAGAGUUGGUGGUGUUGUUACCAACUGGGCUCUAGUCUCAAUGAACCAUGACACACAAUCUUGCAUGGACCCUAAUGUGAUGGAAGCUAAGGUAGUUGUUAGCUCUUGUGGACAUGAUGGACCUUUUGGUGCUACCGGUGUCAAGAGGCUUAAGAGCAUCGGCAUGAUUGACACUGUUCCUGGAAUGAAAGCCUUGGACAUGAACACUGCUGAAGACGCCAUUGUUAGGCUUACUAGAGAGGUUGUCCCUGGAAUGAUUGUUACCGGCAUGGAAGUUGCUGAGAUUGAUGGUGCCCCAAGAAUGGGACCAACAUUCGGAGCCAUGAUGAUAUCAGGGCAGAAGGCAGCUCACCUUGCCUUGAAGGCACUGGGGCUGCCCAAUGCUCUUGAGGCAAACUUCACCCUUCACCCAGAGUUGAUGCUAGCCGCAGCCGAAUCCGGCGAGAUUGCUGAAGCUUGAGCGGUAGCAAUAGCAGCGGCAGGAGGAGGAGGACCAAAUACAUAAAAAUGAAGAGAUAUCAGACAGAUAAUAAUAGAACGUAGGGAUGAGUUUGGCUGUAGAAAUGUGUUUGGAUGGUUGGAUUUGAGCAAUGUUUAAGUUUUGUUGGUUCAUAGUGUUUGGUAUCUCAAGUUUGGUUUGAACCUUUGCUAGUAAGAGACACAAAAAAACAUCAGUGUUCAUCUUUCUA